AUGGAGUUUAUCGAAAAAGUGCGCGACAUGGAUGAUGAGGAGCGCGACGCUCUUUGGGCCGAGUUCUCUGAAUUUUCGAAUUUACUUUGGAAUUAUGACGGUAACGCGGCAAUUGUUGGUCAAGAUUUCGAAAUUGAUCUUGGGGGACGAACACGCUACAACGAUGAUGAGGAUAAGGCUGAAGACCCGUUGUUUUCUUCAGUUUCUGAGGAUUUGAUCAACAGAAAGACCUACUAUACUUUCAUGCGGUUGAUGGAUAACUACUCGAGUGAGACGGGCGUUGCCGAAGAUAUAAGCGAGGAAGAAAUUGAAGAACAGUGGUCCUUCCUGGACGCAAUUUGCGAAUCAGAUGUCAUUUGGAAUAUUCACCAGUGGCUGGUUUCAAAGGAGCUCGCGCCUGAAGACAUGGAUGAGUUCAAGGAAUGCCUUAACAACGUCUGGUUCAAUAUGUACGGAAGAAGCUACGAAACAAGAAAACGACGAACAGAAGACUCGAGCGCCUUCGAGCACAUUUUUGUCGGUGAAACACGGGAUGGAGAAGUACUCGGCUUUCAUAAUUGGAUGAGAUUCUAUCAGCUGGAAAAGCACGGUAUUUUGGACUACAAGGGCUAUUAUCCAAAAUAUGGCCAUGAAGAUGACGACUCUCCAGUUUCCAUCACGAUCAAGUUUGCUUGCGAAGCAAAAGGAAUCGACGUUGAAAAGCCUAAAGGAGGAUUUCUCCUUGGAACGUCUCCUGAAUUUGAAAUCGGCUUGUAUACCGCCGCUCUGGUUCUUUCUGGAGGUCGAGAUGCCAGCAUCCCGAUAACGCUGAGAGACUACGACCUGAAAAUCAAGGUUUACUGCAAAAAUAACCGAUUCAUGACAGCAUACUGCGCGUAA